AUGAGCUUCAGCGAGUGGCUCACAACCGAAGCAGUCCGCUCCGCCACCACGAGCCUGGCGGUCUGGGCGGCGAAGCCCGAGUGUCCGCCGUGCACCUGCAAGCCAUCGCUGGUGUGUGGCAGUGGGUCGGAGCCUCAGAGGCUGGACUGCCCACACCAGGUGGGGACCUGGCCGCUGUCGGCCGUCGUGCUGGCCGCGGUGCUGGGCCUGGCCGCUGGCGCGUUGCUGGGCUUUUGGUUCACUCCACCUGCUCCGACGCGGGCUCUGACGACGACCGACCAGUUCGAGGUGGAGGCCCGUGCCCAGGCUGCUCUGGUUCGCGGGCGGCUGCAGCCCUUUGGGUGCGGGAUCCUGACCCCGGACGGGCACGACUACGUCGAGAUCAUCGCAAAUGGAGGCGCGGACGUGGCCGAGUUCUGCAUCACAGCUGGAGGCGCCGCUGGAGGCAACUCGGCGGCGACUGGAGGGGACCAGGUCUACCGGUUCCGCGCCCUGCCUCUGCCGGCUGCCGUCGCUGCCGCGGCCACCGCCACUCGGGGCACGCUCGGGCUCGCUCAGGGUCCGGCCGUGGCCCUGAACACCGUGGGCCGGGUCAUAGAGCCGCCCGCUGUCGCUCCUGCUGCUGCUGGUGUCCCUGCCGCCGCGGGCGGCCCGGCCGCUGGCGGCGUGGCGGGCCUCGCGGCGGCCCUGGGGGCGCCCGCUGCGGUCGGUGCGGCGGCCCUUGGAGCAGCGGCAGGCGCGCUCGUGCCGGCCGCAGCGCCUGCUGGGGCCGCGCUGGGAGGCGGCCUUGUGCCGGUGGCCGGCGCCCUCGCGGCUGGCGCUCCGCUGGCCGCCGGGCCCGUGGGCGUCCCCGCUCCCGCAGCCGCCGCGCCCGCCGCAGCGGCCGCCGCACCUGGAUGGGCCGACAUAGGGGCGGGCGCCCUAGCGAAUGCUUUCGCCGCAGUAGCGGCGGCCCCUGGCGGCGACGCACGGAUGCAGGCCGUCGUCCAGGACUCCCAGGGGGUCCGUUACGUCGACUUCAGGACGGCCGUGAUGAGGAUGCACGAGCUGCCGUGGCAUGACUGGCCGCUCAAAGGGCCAAGGACGUUGUUGUGGGUGCUGAACUACAUAUGCCGCAACGGUGGCACACCGCUCGGGCGCCACACCAAGUGGAAGGCUGAGGCCUACCUGGACGACGAGGAUCCAGGGGUGGACGUGCACCUGCUGUGUUGCAGGCUGUUGGAGUUCGGUGUCGUGUAUGAUCAGACCCACGCGACCAAUCUAGCGUCGAUGGAGCUGGUUGGCCGCACGCUUCAGACCCAGGAGGAGCUGUACCGCGACAGGUUCGCGCCCACGUCCGAGCAUGGGAACGACGCCGCGCUGCUGUCCGGCGUCCAGGAUGCGGGCAGCGGCAUCUGCAUGGCCCCGGCGCUGCGCGACUGGCUGGCUGCCGAGAAGUCGCGCGAGGCGGCGAUCGCCAAGGAACGGCGCAAGGCCGUGGCCGCGGCGGCCGAGGCCGAGGGCGACGGGGCCGUGGGGGCGGCAAUACCCCAGGCCCCCGGCCGCCAGGGACACGACGCCAGCGCGACGUUUUCCCGCUGCCGGUCACACCGACCGCUGCUCCGCGAGCUGUGGAGCCUGGCGGUCGACGCGCUGCUCGUCGGCGCGGCCAUCGUGCAUAUCGACCGAUGCGUCAAGGAGCUGGGCGCGCCGCCGCCCGAGUUCAGGGACACGCGUUCUGGUCAAGACGGGGCCCUCCGGGAGCUCCUCUCCUGCGCCAACCUGUACGGUUCGGGCGCCGCCUCGUCGUCCCCCUACGUCCGCGACCGAGUCGCAUGGCCCGCUGGUGGUGCCGCGCCCGUCGAGCUUGUCGAGUUGGUGCAGCCCCAUGACAAGGCCUGGCUGGAGGGAUGGCAGAGCCAUAUGCUUCGAGAUCGGCAGUCCGCCGAGGCCUUGGCACGUUCGGCCUGCCCGCGCGGGCCGUACUGCGACCCGAACCUGUUCCGGGACGCGACCGCCUAUGGCCAGUUUUUGAUGGAGAUGCACCGGAGGCAGAUGGUUACUUUCGCGGCUGUACUCACGGUGCUCCACAGCGCCUACGGCUUCGUGGCGGCUUACGGCGAGAGGCAGGGCAGCUCGGUGUUCAUCACGUUAGCCCUGUGGGCGGUCAAGCAGGGGGACCCCUACAAGGAGCUCAUGGGCCAGCACGGGGACCCCUACGUGGAGCACGUGGGCCUGCAUGAGGGCCCCUUCAUCUCCAAGGGCCAGCACGGGGACCCCCACGUGGAGCUCAAGAUAGACAACAGCCUCACGCGUGCCAAUGCCUCUUACGUCGAGGGCGACUCUUGGGACAUGGAGGAGGUUCCUGGGCACCUUACUCGCAUGGAUGCCUGGAAGUCAGUCUCGGCGCAGUCGGUCUCCACGGGGGCCAACAUACUGUACCUGGAGGGGGAGGCCCUGGUCACGUCCUAUCGACCCGCUCUGGCCGUCGCGGCGCUCGGCCUUCUGCUCGGGUUUCUGGCACGCGAGGCGCAGGCCAUGCAGAGGCAGAUGGCCCCUACGUCUCCAGCUCGGACUCGUCAGCGCGCCCAGCUGGCGGCGGCGGCGGCGCGCGGGCGGCCUCUGGUGGGCGCCCUGACGCUCCUGGGGCAGCUGUCCGUAUGGCCGAACACGGAGGCCAUGUACAGGCGGCUCCUGCAGACGUUCCUCACGUAUUGCUGGGUCCACCGCCGGGAUUGGAGCCACUCGCGCGAGCUGGACUGCCUGCUCGUCGAGUACUGCACCUUUCGCUACAUCUCGGAGGCGGUGCCGAGCGUCGGACCGCAGACGGUGGCAGCGCUGACGCUCUUCACGCCGGGGCUCCACAGGCGGGUGGGCUCGCCUUUGCCCCGCGCCUCACGUGCUCUGCAGGCGCGGCGGAGGCUGGCCAUGACCCGCACGCGUUUGCCCACCCCGAGGGCGGUCAUGUUCGUGCUGGUGGGCGUCCGUAUCGCCUGGCAGCAGGCGCCGAGGGCGGCGCGGCUGGCGAGGCCGUUCUCGGUAUACCUCAGGCCCGCCGAGACUCAGCGGCUGCCCACGGACAGCAUCGUGGAGCCCUCGGCGCCAGCGGGCCCAGCCUGCCAGUUCUGGCACUUUCUCCUCCACCCCGCAGGCCGCGGGCAGGCGGGCGAGACGGGGGCUUCCGACGAGAGCGACGUCCUUUUGUCCCAGUGGAGGUCGCAGGAGCAGUUUUACCAGCGAGGCUGUUGGGCUGUGCCAUCAUCGAUGAUGAGGUACGCGAAGGGGACGGCCCUCUUCCGCGAGCUGAGGGGCGUGCUUUCGACCAUGUACGUGUUCGGCGACCUGGCCGCGCAGAGCUCCGCGCUGCUGAUCGUGAAGGGCUGCGCAGGCGCGGGGCUGCAGCGGCGCACUCCGGCCAGCCUGCUGGAGGCGCUCAUGGGCGGGCGUCAGCGGCCGCGACUGGGCAGCUCCGAGUGCGCCGACCACCUGCGGCGCCGCUUCAAGGCUGCGGUCAGCCGCGGCUCGCUGUGCCGACGUCGGGUGGUUCUGGAGCUUUUCUGCGGCAGUGGCCAUUUCUCUGCCGCCGCCCGCCGCCUGGGCUUGUCGGCGCUCGGCCUGGACCUCCGGCUGUCGCCGCUGGAGGACCACUGCCGCCGCGAUUUCGAGCGGGUGGUGUCCGGCUGGCUCCGCAGCCGCGCCGUGGCAGCCGUCUUCCUAGGGGACUUCGAGAAAGAGAUGGGCUCGGCCAAUUCUGCUGGCCGCAAGGGCGACCUCGUGCGAGCCUUCGCCAAGCUGCAGCGCGCCCUGUGGGAGCCUGAGCGCAGCACGCACAGCCCCAGCGAGCUGCACAACAGGCUGGCCAGAUUCGCACCUCACCUGUUCGAGGGCGGCGAGCAGCAGGACGUGCAGGAGUUCCUGACGUUCUGCAUCGACGGACUGCACGAGGACCUCAAUAGGGUCACCGAGCCGCCGCCGCCGCUGUCCCCGGACCAGGAGAAGGAGGACGAGAGGCUCGGGUGCGAGCGCGGGCACGAGUUCGCUGCGGCACUCGCGUGGCUACGGCACCUCGAGAGCGGCAGGUCCUUCCUCGUGGACCUGCUGCAGGGGCAGCUCCGUUCCUCGGUCACCUGCCUCGGGUGUGGCCACACGUCGAGACGGUUCGACCCGUUCUUGUCCCUGGCGCUGCCAGUGACGAGGGACAUGGUCCAUGUCACGGACGCCAUCCGCAAGUUCUUGGAGCAAGAGAAGCUCAGUGGCAAUGAGCAGUGGCACUGCGAGAAGUGCCGAAAGAAGGUCGACGCCAUGAAGAAGAUCGACCUUUGGAAGCUGCCCCCGGUCCUGAUCCUCCACCUCAAGCGCUUCGAGUUCGACCAGGCCUCGACCAGCUUCGUGAAGACGGAGAGGUGUCUGCGGAUGAAGAUGUCGGGGCUCGAUCUGUCCGACGUCUGCUCGUCCGAGCAGAGGGACGGCGCGGUCUAUAACCUCGCGGGCGUCGCGAACCACUCGGGCGCCUACGGCAGCGGUCACUACACCGCGACCUGCUGGGUUGGCGGCCCGGCCCGCGGCGGCUGGCAUCACUUCAACGACUCCACGGUGACGUCUUGCGACUGCAGGAGCGUCGUCACGCGCGAGACGUACGUCAUCUUCCUGGUGCGCGACCAGGACUGUCUCGGCGAUCUCUGUGACUCCUCGGCAGCGCUGGCGGCAUGCACGCCCGACAUUUCGGGUGGCUUGAGCCACCGUUGGGGAAGCAUGCGCCGAUGCGGUCAGUGA